AACCCCAGCUGAAAGGAAUUGUGACAAGGUUAUUCAAAAAAUAUUUCCUGCAGAUGCACCCAGAUGGCACAAUUGAUGGGACCAAGGACGAAAACAGUGACUACACCCUUUUCAAUCUAAUUCCUGUGGGUCUUCGCGUGGUGGCAAUCCAAGGGGUGAAGGCAGGUUUGUACGUUGCCAUGAAUGCUGAAGGAUAUCUCUACAGCUCA